CGGAGGGCCCUUCUGGGAGCGCAGACUAUCAGGGCGACUUGCAGCACUGUUGAGUUUUGUAGCCGCAUCUUCAGCUCGUCGUGAACCCCUCCCUCCUCCGCCCACCCACCCACCAACCAGAACCCCAUCUUCAGUCAUGAAGCAGCUCUGAGCGCGGAGACUUCAUGCCAACAGGAGGAGGCGGAAGACUGCAGGGUUUGAUUUCUGUUCAGGAUGUUUUCAUCCGCGGGGAAACGCUGCUUCACCAUUGAGUCUCUGGUGGCUAAAGAGAGCCCGCUGACCCCCGAGGAGCCCAUCCGCCCCACGGCUCUCACCUACUCCAACCCCACCACAGAUGCCUUGAUGAACGGCUACCAGGCUCCACCGACCCGGUCCCUGUACCAGAACCCGGACCUGGUGUUCCCGGAGACGGUCAACCACCCGUCUCUCGCCGUGGCUCCGCACCAGCUCGGAGGAUCCCACCUGCAGCACCCACACUUCUUCGGCACGCAGCACCGGGAUCCGCUCAACUUCUACCCUUGGGUCCUACGGAACCGGUUCUUUGGACACAGAUUUCAAGGUACCGACGUGUCCCAGGACAGCCUGCUCCUCCACGGACCGUUCGCCAGGAAACCCAAACGCAUCCGGACGGCCUUCUCGCCCUCGCAGCUCCUCCGACUGGAGAGAGCCUUUGAGAAGAACCACUACGUGGUGGGUGCCGAGCGGAAGCAGCUGGCCAACAGUCUGAGUUUAUCAGAGACGCAGGUGAAGGUGUGGUUCCAGAACAGGAGGACUAAGUACAAGCGGCAGAAGCUGGAGGAGGAGGGUCCUGAGAGCCAGCAGAAGAAGAAAGGAAACCACCACAUCAACAGAUGGCGCCUCGCUACCAAGCAGGCAAGCUCUGAGGACAUAGAUGUGACCUCAGAGGACUGAAUGCUCCCUAAAACCUCUGUCCCUAUUGGACGCAUCGGAGGACCAACACUAUUUAUUGUGUAACAUUAUUCUGUGCAAUUAGACACAUUAGAGGAAGACUGAAGGACUCGACAUCUGAUCAUGCUUUCAUGGAGGUCCCCCAGAAUGGACGUGUCUUCUGAUGUCCAUCUUGAACAUCUGUGGACAGGAAGUGGUCCUCACAUUAUGUCAUGAUCUCUGGUUUGAGCCAGAGAAGAAGAGAAAAGUCAACUUCUAUCAAGGUGCUUUUGAUUUUUCCCUGUACAUUAGUCUGUGAUGAAGGUUGUUUUGUUCUUCACCUCCUGCUGACACACACACACACACACACACACACACACACACACACACACACACACACACACACACACACACACACACACACACACACACACACACACACACACACACACACACACACGUGAGCUACACUCAUUUAAACCUUUCACAGAAGAGAGUGUGUUGACUCGUGUCUGAGUGACUCUGCUGUGACUGGACUGAAGGAAACAGGAAAGGACCAGAACCUGUCACUCUCUGCACAGCUUUAUUUUAAUGAUCUGAGCACCGUUGGAGGACCUAAUAGAGCUCCAGAGGAAUAUUGUUUUCUUAGAGCGGAGACCCGAGAGCAGCUGUGCGUGAAUCCGGCUGUAGAUGCUGGUGUUGGAGGCAAGUUGAGUCACAUUUCAACAGCACGCCUCUGCUGCUGGAUUCGUUGUGCAGGUGAUGGACGAUGUGUGUUUGUUGCUUAUUAUUUUAAGCACCAAGUGUGGAAUAAAAUAUAUAAGAACCAAGCCCCCACAAUGCGGGUAUGAAAUUGAGGCCAACGUGGAAGUGAAAUAAAUUGCAGUUCCACCCUCAUCCGCUGGGGGCUGGUGUCAGAA